UUGUACCCGUAAUUUGACACCAAUGAACAGGAAGAGUAAGAACUGAGAAGAGAAGAGGUUCCUUCUGUGUCAUUGGAUGUAUAGAGUGGAGUAAUGGGCGAGUCAAGUGACUCUGUUUCCAUCGACAUUGAUUUGAUUCCUUUAGGAGGGAAGGAAUACACUGUGAAAACAAGUAAAGGUUCUGUGUUUGUGCUUGUUUGUGGGGAUCAAGAAAAACCCGCUCUAAUUACCUACCCAGAUGUUGCUCUCAAUUAUGUGUCCUGUUUCCAGGGCCUGUUGUUCUGCCCAGAUGCAGCUUCUUUGUUGCUUCAUAACUUUUGCAUUUAUCACAUUGAUGCUCCGGGGCAUGAGUUGGGAGCUGAUGUGAUUUCUUCAGAUGAACCAUUACUCUGCGUGGAUGACCUUGCUGACCAGGUUGCAGAAGUGCUUGAUUUCUUUGGGCUAAGGGAAGUUCUGUGCUUGGGUGUAACAGCUGGUGCUUACAUUCUGACGCUAUUUGCUAUGAAAUACAAAGAACGAGUCCUUGGAUUGAUUCUUGUUUCACCUAUAUGUAAAGCACCUUCAUGGACUGAAUGGCUUUACAACAAGGUCUUAAUGAAUUUACUUUACUUCUAUGGUAUGUGUGGUUUACUGAAGGAAUGCCUUUUGCAGCGGUACUUCAGUAAGGAACUUAGAUGCAGUGUUCAGGGAGCAGAAUCAGACAUAAUCCUGACCUGCCGAAGGCUUCUGGAGGAAAGGCAAAGUUUGAAUGUUAUGCGUUUUCUUCAAGCAAUUAAUGCAAGGCGUGACCUCACCAAGGAUCUGAAGGACUUGCAAUGUAAGACACUUAUAUUUGCGGGCGAUAGUAGUCCUUUCCAUGCUGAAUCUGUGUACAUGAGUGCGAAAAUGGACAACAAAAUCUGCGCACUAGUUGAGGUUCAGGCUUGUGGCUCACUAGUAACUGAAGAGCACCCAUAUUCCAUGAUAAUACCACUUGAGUGUUUCUUAAUGGGUUUUGGCUACCACAGACAACUACAUGUUGCUUCCUCAUCAAGCAAUGGGUCAAAUCCAACAAGCCCCUCUAGUCAUUCUUGCAUAGCACCAGAACUUCUCUCCCUAGAGAGUUUGGGAAUUAAGCUGAAGCCCAUCAGAACCCGUGUUGAUGUUGAAAUCUAACUUAGUCCAGCUCAAAGGUUGACAAACCCAAUGCAGCAAGGAGUAAGCUCUUUUUUAUUGCACAUAAUUUAUAGCAAUUGUUGAAUGUACAACAUCGCUAGUGUAGGACAUAUUCUUUGAUUAUGUUGGUGGACUAGUGAUUUUGUUUGCAAAAUGGAUGUUUUUCCUGCCAGUGUAAAAAAGUAGGAGGUACCUUAUAGUUGACAAUAGGAUUAUUCUUUUACGAAUGUUGUUUUUGAGGUAGGUCUCUCAGCAAAGUCUAUUAUGGAACUAGCUGUACACCUUACUGCUUUUCCGGUUUAUAAAGAACCUCAAGAGACCAAGAGAUAACGGAUGUUUGUUGUUGCUGUUGCUGUUUUUUGAAGUAUAUGGACAAAAUUUAUUGU